AUGGGAUCGGAGCUUCCAAUGUCUUCUCAUCUUGAAGAAGCCCUUCACUUCCUUCUCAAGAACCAGAAACAUGAGAAUUCAGCAUGCCAUAGUUGCACACAUCAACAAGAUUCUGAAUGGAUCUUAGAGGCAGACACAUGGUCUCAAUUAGAGGCGGUUCGAAAGAUGCUUUGCCAACGACCCGCAGUCCCUCAAAUCCCUGCCGACACUCUCACCCAUAUCGAAGCCGUCAUCAAACACCACAAUAACCACAAAUUGCACACAUCAGCCAAUUCGAUCAAUCCUAGCACAACGAUAACUCGUCAUGACGAAGCCAGUCCCGAGAAGUCUACACUGAAUCUAUCGAUCUGGAAGGGCGAUAUCACAACACUCACCGAUAUAACGGCAAUCGUCAACGCCGCCAAUACUCAACUUGAAGGCUGCUUCCAACCUGAACAUCGAUGCAUCGAUAAUGUCAUUCACUCCGCUGCUGGGCCCCAACUUCGAGACGCCUGUCAUGAUGUUAUCGUUUCACAGGGAUACAGAGAACCCGUCGGUUCUGCAAAAAUAACACCUGGAUUCAACCUCCCCGCCCCAUGGGUUCUACACACCGUUGGUCCACAACUAAGUCCUAGACAGAAACCUCAAGCACAUCACAGAGCUCAGCUCGCUUCUUGCUAUAGAGCUUGUCUUGAUGCUGCAGAUUCUUUGCCUCCUUCAUCAAAUGGAAAGAAAAUCGUUGUCUUUUGCUGCAUCUCCACGGGACUAUUUGCUUUCCCUGCUGACACAGCUGCGACCAUUGCAGUUGAGACUGUUGUAUCAUGGUUUCGAGAUCGAUCAACUUCUUCCAUCACGGAUGUUAUUUUUGAUACAUUUCUCGAGAGUGAUGAGGUUCUUUAUCGAGGUUUAUUGGAGACUUUACCUGGUCGGGUCCCCUCACUCGCUCCUGAAGACGCUAUCCUUGUUCAACCCAGCCCUCCCACAUCAGUUCCCGUUCCAGCAGUUCCCAUAUCUAGUGUACCAAUUCUGAAAGCUCGCGAAUGGCUUGCAGGUGCUUCUCAUCUUAUCAUUACAGCGGGUGCAGGCUUAUCAGCUGCAGCGGGGUUGGAUUAUACCUCGACUACACUCUUCCAGUCACAUUUCCCUGCUUUCAAAGCGAAAGGUCUGCACAGGUUAUACGAUGUUUUCGGGUAUAACGGGUGGGAUAAUCCAUGUCAAAAAUGGGGAUACUACUUCCUUCAUCUUGAUAUGGUCCGCAAAUGGCCUGUUUCACCUAUAUACGGACUCUUACAUGAGCUCGUGAACGAAUUCUCGUCCGCCUCGGCUGUACCUUCAUCUUCAAAGUACCACAUCCGCACAACAAAUGCAGAUGGAUUCUUUGUGAAGAAUGGGUUCCCUGCUGAGAAUAUCUCGACUCCGCAGGGUCAGUAUGCGUUUUUGCAGUGUUUGAGGAAGUGUAGAGCUGAUGCAGUGUUCGCUUCUGAGCCUUUUCUUAAGGCUACGUUACCAUUUAUCGAUCCUGUCUCGCAAAGUCUUACGAAUGAGGAACUUGUGCCGAUGUGUCGUUAUUGUGGUGGAGAGGUGACGAUCUGUGUGCGUGGUGGAAACUACUUCAACCCUGCACCAUUUCAUGCACAGGAGAAAGUCUGGAAAAGAUUUCUGGAGCGAGUCCAUGAACUGGAUCGUGGGACUGAACACAGUAUGGAGACUGGCAGUGAUGACUUCAAUGGUACAGUUAUCUUGGAGUUGGGAGUUGGGGUAAAUACUCCCGGUGUGUUACGGUGGCCGAAUGAGGAUCUCAUCGAAUCGUCGAGUGGAGUUCGAUUGAUUCGCGUUGGCAUGGAUGCUUCUGGAUGUGUUCCUUGGGAGAUGGAAGAGGAAGGUCGAGCGAUUGGGAUUCUGGGAGAUAUUGGCAUAGCGCUCAAGAUGCUUGUUUCGAAAUGA